AUGGAGCUUCACAAAUAUGGUCUCGGAAAAACCUCGUGUCAACAGAAGGCUGUCGAUUUCGACAUAUUCGUAUGCCAACUUCCCCUGAUGUUUUCCUCAUCGCUGCUUUGCGUUGUGGUUCCUUAUUUUCUCAUCGUUUGUGUUUGUGUCCUGUUCCCUGUUGCACCGGAAGAAGAGACUGUGGAAUUCCCGAGAGAGGCUGGCGUGCUUUUGGGUCUGCGGAAGUUCUCGAAUUACUCAGUGACGCUGGCAGCUGUGACGAGGGCAGGAGUGGGUGUCAAAGCCGAACCCUUGACGUGUUCGACUGACGAAGACGUUCCAGCUGCGGUGCUGACAUUCGGAGGCAUUGUAUCUGCCACAGCGCAGUCAGACACUGUCCUGCCGUGCCAGCAUGUCGGCGUACCCAGUCCCCAGGUUCAAUGGGAACUCCCGAAUGGGAUUCGUGUGACGAGUUCAGAAACGCCCAGCAACCGCCUGGGCAUCAUGCCCGACGGCAAGCUCGUCAUCAGGGACCUCGCCCGCAACGACACCGGCAAUUACACGUGCACAGCGUCCAAUGAUCAGGGAACCGAUGCUGUUUCUCAUCGACUCGUUGUCAAAUGUACCGUUGCCAUCCGCGCCCAAGUUGCACCUCGAGUCCGUCACCGCCACCAGCAUCUCGGUCGGCUGGACCCGCGUGGACCCGGGCAACUCGGAAAUGAAAAAGUUCGUGGUGAACUUCCGGAAAACCUACGGCGGUCGUUGGGAAGAGAGCUCGGCUGGCAAACACGCCAAAUCCUGGCGGUGAACGCCACCAGUGCUGUCCUCAACUUCAAGACCUGGCAGAGUCCGGAAUGUCCGAUUCAGCGCUUCAAAGUGCAGUACAAGGCUGCUGCCAGCAACUGGGACUGGAUACUCGUUGGAGAUUCCUUCGGACCAGACUCGUACGUUCCGAUUCGUGGCCUCGCGCCAGGAACCACGUACAUUAUCUCGUUAACAGCAUUCAAUCCAGCGGGAAAAACCACUUUGCUGCAUCAUUUCAUCACGAAAUCCUUGUCAGGAGAUUCAGUGAGACCUGCGAUGCCGUCUUCAAACGAAGCAGUGUCGAGCAACGACCGCGGCCUGUUGUACCAGGCCAGGUUCUGGUUGCCCCUGUGCACAGUACUGCUGGCACUGGUUUCCGUCGUUGCUGGUGUUACCUACUGCGUCAGAGCGAGGCGACUUCAUCGACUUGGAAUGCAGCUGCAAUUGGUUCAUGAUGAUCUGAAUGCCAAGCACGGACCUGCACCCGGUUCUGGUCAUCACCAUUUGCAAGUGAACCGAUCGGAUAUUCGAGGCAGCUUUUCACAGGGGAAAGUCGCGAAGGCCGAACCGCAGAGCCCUGCUUACGUGCCAGCGCAUUUAGGGAAUCUUGGGACGACGAAUGAUGACGUGUACCCGUAUGCGACGUACCACGAAAUCAUGCAACACCAGUCGACCGACUUCAACAAACUGCUUUCUGAAGCACCGCCACCUCCGAGAUGCUUGAUUCAUCCUCCGGAAGCCCUGAAGAUGUCGCAGAUGAUGGUAUCACCGGUGCCACAAGGGAAACUGACUAACACAUAUGUGACGGAAGCAGUUGCAGUUGCAGGCAACAAACGACACGGAGGCAACAACAAGCGACAUUCCCGACAUCAGCAGCAACAACAACAACAGCCACGCGGACGCAAGCGCACCAGCACCAACAUGCCGGAAGAGCAACUGGACGAUGUGCUCAUGGAGCAGGACAAAAUGCUCUUCCGGCGUCAUUCGCAACCUGCUUCCGAGUCUCCCAGCUCCGACUCUUCCGGUCCUGAAUGCCUGGUCGACAACGAGUCCGAACUGUCUGCCACGCUCGGCCGAAUCCAGUGCAGUCGCCCCGGUUCUUUCUAG